GCACCGGAAACCCGAAAAUCUCCCCCAAACCGCACACGUGUAACGAAAUCAGCACGCGCCCAGUAACCCAAAUAAACCAAUAGCAGACCCCAUCCAUCAUCAUCUGCAGCCUCCUCCCCUUUCCUUUGACACCCCAUUAACAAAUAAACAAAUUUGCAGUAGCUUUUCUUGACCUGGGCGAGACCUGAGAUCACCAAAGCAACCGAGCAAAAUCCCUUUGAGUUCCGAAAUAUGUGGAGAAGGCUACUCACUUCACAGUUCAAAUCUCUAUCCGCACUUCCAUGCCGAGCCGUUUCUAAAACGGCGCCUCUUCCAUUCAAAUCUCACAUUUCUCCUUCCUCUUCUGCUUCUCUCCUCAUUCGACGUUUCUCCGCCGAGUCAGCGGAUACUUCUGUGAAGAAAAGAGUUGAGGAUGUAAUGCCUAUUGCUACUGGUCACGAGCGCGAGGAGCUUGAGUCCGAGCUCCAGGGAAAGAAAAUCCUUGAAGAUGUGAACAAUCCUGUAGGUUCCUUUGGCACAAAGGAUGCUCCUGCUGUUGUCAAGUCCUAUUAUGACAAGAGAAUAGUUGGCUGCCCAGGAGGUGAAGGCGAGGAGGAGCAUGAUGUGGUCUGGUUCUGGCUGGAGAAAGGCAAGCCACACGAGUGCCCAGUUUGCUCGCAGUAUUUUGUGCUGGAAGUUGUGGGACCUGGAGGACCUCCAGACGGACACGGCGACGAUGAUCAUCACUAACUCCAGCUUUCAGGUUUUUCCUGUUGGAAUAAAAUUGCAGAAGAUGAUGGAUUGAUGUUUCAUAUACAGUGCACCUUCUUUGGGCAAAGUGGUACUUUAAGACUGAUACACAAGCAUGAGAUCUACUUAGUUAACUUGAAAUGCAUCGGCGAAUAAAUAAAUAGAUCUAUGUCCAUCAUUUUCCA